AAGUUUUUAUUGAACUCUUUGACUGGACUUCGCCGUUCCAGCUUUACAAAAGCGGUGGCAAAAAAAACAUGGAAAGCAUGGAACUCAUUCCAACUCAGUAGAAAUACAAAGAGUCUGGAUUAUCUUUUGAAGAAAUCGAGUUGUCUUCCCCUCUAGGACUAGCAAUGACUCCUGCUAGAAGAGAAGAGCUGAAUCUGAAGGAACUGUGCUGAAUGCAGCUCAUUCAUGGAGUAAAGAGAGUCGUUUGGGGAUCAUGAGUACAGGAAUGAAGAAACCGCCGGUUGCCCCCAAACCCAAGCUGGUUCAGUCGCAGAAACCAUCGCCUCCCCCCAUCGCCCCAAAACCAGAGAUCCUGCUGCCGUCACCCUCACCCACUGCGCACAAGAGAGGAAAACCUGCCGUCGCCCCCAAACCAAGCCUGCCCAAAGCCCCUCAGAAACCUCUCCAGCCGAGACAAGAUCCAUGCAAGACCCAGCAUCCCCCUGUCUCCAAAAAUGGGGGUCCUGCUCUACUACCCUCACACCUGUCACAUUACAUCAUACCACCCUGUACUCAAGGUCAUCAUUUAGGUAACAGCAAAUCAGAGGAGUCUAAGGAAAUAUGUGGAACAGCAGAGGUAGGUGUUUUCAGAGAGGGCGACAGCCCAAAAGAACAGUUGUUUUACAAUGACACAUGGGAACAUGCAUCCCAAUCUGAACGGGAACAAAUGCGUGCUCCCACAGACUCGUCCCACUCUUCCACAGAGGCACAGGAAGAAACAAACUCUUCCACAGUAGAAAAGGACCAGACAGGUACACAAAUACAAAUUUCUGCCCAGAUCCCAAGUCCCAGUCCUACAGAACCCCUACAGGAACGAUCUGUCAAGGAGAAACAAUCCGAGAACUCUGUUUUUGGCUCUUGCGUCAGUGACAAUGUUGGUUACCCUGCACCUCCCAGCAAGCCUCUCCCUGUACCCCAUCCACGACGCCCUCGGAGGGCACUUCUUAGGCAGAAUGUUGUGGAAAUCGCACCUUCAGACACUCCAGCACCUACAGAAACUUCUGAACACAUUCAGACGGACAAAUUACUAGAAAAUCCUGAAACCACCAGUCACGCCUACACUGUCACACCCCUAAAUUUAUGUUCCCCUAAAGAGAACGCGGAAAACACAGACACUGGCUCCUCAACCAACACUGAUUCUUUGCACAACGUAGACUCUAUUCACAGUGCACAUACUGAAGAUCUAGAUCUAGAAUCCACCCAUUAUUCGGUUCCAACAAAUGGCGUAACUCUAGCUUCCAUGAACACAGCUGCAGAGGAGGAGGGGUCACAACCUCCAGCUCCGCCACCUCGACAGAAAUCCCUCCUACAAAUGGUUGAUUCCUUGUGCAAGGCCUCAACAUCAGUGGACAGCUUGCUUUUGCAUUGCCACUCAGAUCUUCAGGAUUCCUUGGUUAGUUGUAGUACCGGUAAAGAUGAGGAGGAGCAAAGCGAUGAUGAUGGAGUAUAUGGAGAUUUUGCUCGAUACCCAAUAACGCGGAGUCUUCCUAAACAGAUUAAGCUCAGCUGUGGCUCGCAAGUUGCAGCUUUAAGCAAGCCAUCUUUGGAUGGGGACGAAAGGUCACCGAAAGUCAUGCCUAAAAAGCCCCAACGAAACAGUCUUCCCGCAUCUGUUGUGUUGCGGAAGCAAAACACGUCCGGUAACGCACACCCCCCUCCGCUUCCUAACUCCAGUCCUCCCAUAUUCAGAGAACUCCCGGCACCUCCUCAGGAGAAACCCUCAUGGCGAGUCGCCCUGCCUAGCAUCCCUCUCUUCAGUAAAAACCAGCCGACUCGCAGUAACAGCCAACCACAGGCUGGAGGUAUGGGAGCGAUUUUCGUCAAACAGAGGGCAAAGUCGUUUUCCUCCGCAGAUCUUCAGCGAGUGGACACUGGAUCCGAAUCCUCCGAGCCGUUGGUGCGAUCCGAUCAAACGCGACGUAGCUUGCGGAAACUUCUAGAGCUGCGUGUGUGUGCACGGUUGCUUCCGAAGUUGCUUCGCGGUGGACAAUCCCUGGAUUGCACUCGUACUGAUGCGGAAUACGAUGAUCAUAAAGCCACGCCCACUAAUCAGGUCACCCCUGGUGGCGAUGAGGAAGAAGCUCAAGGUGACAGUGAGCCUGACUGUGGGGUGGAAUACGAGAACGUCCCGUUAUACGAGGAGAUUCCAGAGUAUAUGAACCUGCCCUGGGUCUAUUCCAACCCGGAUGCAGACACAGGAGUGUAUGAAGUGCAGGAACCAUGUGAGGUGAACAGAUGUUCUGUGAGUGGCGAUCUAUCAGAGGAUGGAUUGAGCUCCAACGAGGACGACGGUAACAGCUCCGACUCCAGUAAGGAAGACAUGAGCCAAUCAAAAGAUAAAGAGGAGGUAGAGAGAGCAAAGAGGAACAAGGUGGUCCACAUCGCAACGGAGAUAAUGAGCUCCGAGAAAGUAUUUGUGGAUGUUCUGAAGUUACUUCACAUCGAUUUCCGGGACGCAGUUGCCAAAGCGACUCGUGCGAGCGGGAAGCCGUUAGUGGAGGAGAAAGUGUUGAAUCAAAUCUUGUACUAUCUGCCCCAACUCUACGAACUUAAUAAAGACCUGCUGAAAGAGCUGGAGGAGAGAGUUGCCCACUGGUCUGAUCAUCAGAGGUUGGCUGAUAUCUUUGUUCAGAAGGGUCCGUAUCUGAAGAUGUAUUCCACCUACAUACGAGAGUUUGACCGUAACGUGGCUCUGCUGGACGAACAGUGUCGCAAGAAUCCUCCUUUUGCAAGCGUCGUUCGUCAGUUUGAGACGAGUCCUCGCUGUGCUAGUCUUGCUUUGAAGCAUUACCUGCUGAAACCGGUGCAGAGAAUACCUCAAUACCAGCUCCUGCUCACAGAUUAUUUGAAAAAUCUUCCUGAGGAUUCAUCCGACUACAAAGACACAAAAACUGCUCUUAGUGUGGUGAAAGAAGUGGCAAACCAUGCGAAUGACAUCAUGAAGCAAGGGGAUAACUUUCAGAAGCUGAUGCAGGUUCAAUACAGUCUGAAUGGUCAUCAUGAAAUCGUCCAACCUGGCAGGGUUUUCUUAAAGGAGGGCACUCUGAUGAAACUCUCCAGGAAAGUUAUGCAGCCCAGAAUGUUCUUCCUGUUUAAUGAUAUUCUGCUGUACACAACACCCGUUCAGUCUGGACAGUAUAAAGUCAACAGCAUGCUCUCUCUGGCCGGCAUGAAGGUGAGCAAACCCAGUCAGGAGGCCUAUCAGAAUGAGUUAAACAUUGAGAGUGUGGAACGCUCCUUCAUACUCUCUGCCAAUUCAGCCACGGAAAGAGACGAAUGGCUUGAAGCCAUCGCUAAAGCAAUAGAUGACUACACCAGAAAGAAGAUUUCUUUCUUUUCCAGUCGAAGCCAAGAGUCGGAGGGAAUCUCUGAUGACGGUCUACCGCUGGGCUCUAAAGCUCCUAUCUGGAUUCCAGAUUUGAGAACGACCAUGUGUAUGAUGUGCACGUGCGAGUUCACGCUCACCUGGAGACGCCACCACUGCCGUGCCUGCGGAAAGGUGGUGUGUCAGGCAUGUUCGUCCAAUAAAUUCUACCUGGAAUACCUGAAGAAUCAGCUAGCUCGAGUGUGCGACCACUGCUAUAUCAAACUACAGCACAAGGGGGACCAAUCCAAUGUAACCGUUUCCCCUGGUGGGCGGAGUUCGACAUUUGCUUUUUCUAGAAGGCAGAAAAGGAUUCCUUCUGCUCUCAAAGAGGUGUGUGCGAGCACUGAGAACUCCUCCAUGAGUGGAUAUCUGCACAGAUCCAAAGGCCACAAGAAACCGUGGAAGAGGCUGUGGUUUGUCAUCGAGAACAAAGUCCUCUACACUUACGCCGCUAGUGAAGAUGUUGCGGCAUUGGAGAGUCAGCCACUGCUGGGCUUUUUCCUCCGAGAGGAGAAGACGGGACCAGCUCAAAAAAUGCAGUUUAAACUGUACCAUAAAAACACACUCUACUACAUCUUCAGAGCCGAGGAUAUCCCCACUGCUCAGAGAUGGAUUGAAGCGUUUCAAGAGGCCAUGAUCCUUUGACUGGUCUGGGUUGGAUUAAAUCGAAUAAAUCAAUGUCGUUGGUCUGGGUCUCUCCACUGUGUUACACAGGCAGAAAUCAAAACCCAGUUUGAAGCAAAGGAUGCUGGUAGAUGUAGUUUAUGCAUUAAUCUAUCUUAAGCAUCAUAAUGAAGGUAAAACAAGUGGCCCGUUUAAUCAGACUGCAUCCAUCGUACUUAAAUGUGAGGUAUUAAUCCAUAAGUUUGUUCUUAAUGUAUUUUUUUUAGCAAACACUGCCUCUCUGUAAAAACUCCUUAGCAUUAAAGCAGCCCACAGAGCGUUCAGGGUCAAAACUGUCAGGCGAUUGACUGGUCAUGAAGUACAACUGAGCAUGACGUGUCGUUUCCCUAUGAAAACGCUCCAUUAUGAUGUCAUGGGGACAGUUUGAAUCGAUUACAUGUUGCCUGAUGGGACGCUAGCGUGAUUCGCAGUCAAGUCUGAAUUUGCAUGAGCAAGUAUGAUGCAAGGAAUGUCUGAUGCCGGUCGCACCUUUGGCACGGUCAUGUGGUGCAUUAUGGGAGAUUUUGUUAUUCAACUGUGAAAGCUGGGAAAUGAAGGCUUAAAAAGUUACUGGGCCUUAAUUGUGAAGCACAACCUUUAUGUAUGAAUUGUACGUAAAACCAUUGUUUUUGCGCACGAAUGGUUUUAUGAAUGAUUGAUGCAUUGAACAGAAGCAUUUUAGACAUUACCCAAGCAUAGUUUUACAAACAAUUGAAUUACCUGCAACAAUUUACAUAAGGAAGAUUUUGUGAAUGAUGCACACAUUGAAUGUGACUAUACUUUAAUUUUUUACAAUCAAUUAAUGUUACAUUUUCAAAAGAUUCAUUCAUGGAAUGUGAGCAUCUUUUUAACAAAAGAUUGACGCAUUGCAACAGUUCAUGUAUGCGCAUUCUUUUUUUACAAACAAUUUGUGCAUUAUAUGCGACAAUUUUUAGAGAAUUAAGUUCUUUCCCGAAGACGUCCGUCGUUAUUUGAUUUGUUUGUUGUUUUUUUUCAGUUAGCCUGUUACAGUUACAAAAAAUGUUUUUAAUAAUCUUAAACUAUUUUGUAAAAAGUAAGCAUUUUGACUGAUGCUUUAAACAUACUGGACUGAACUGGAAGUGUACAUAUUUUGUAAAUGGUAAUAUAAUGCAGGCGUAUUUAAAAUAGUUCAGGAUGUUUAAUGGCCUCAAUGAAUUAUGCGUAGUAAAGACACAGUGCUAGGCUGGCUAACUCAGCACUGUUUUAACAUACUAUAUAAGACAUUUAACACAUCGGCUGUGAAUACAGAGAAAAAAAACUAGUGCUCUUAUCAGGGAAAGAUAUAUAACACACAUAUUAAAUACUCUAAUGCACCUUGUUCAGGACACUUUGACAAUGGGUAAAACAUGAUUAUAUUCUCUACAGUUUUCACUAAAGUCCUCCAUCAGCUCCAAGCACAGCAAGCCACUGAUCUUUCACCGUUUGAAGGGUAACAGGUCCAAGAAAUGGAUGUUUUUUGUUUGAUAUCGAUCAUAUUUCUGUUUUGAAUGUUUACAUUUUGUUAGAUUGUUUUGAUUUUGGGAAACAGAUACACCACUGUUAUAAUUGUUGUUGUUGGUUUUUUCCACUUUUAAGAAAAAUAUAAUUGGUAUUCCUGAUGCUUCUGGUCAUCUUGGCACUAAUUCACUGUUGUAUCCCAAAGUUCUGAGGGUCUCCAGAAGGUUUUACAUCCUGAAGUAAUCUGUUAAUAUCUUAAGGAUUUCAAGGGAGUAGCUAUGCCCCAACAUAAAUGGAAAAUGCAAAUAAUUUUUUUAAUAAAUAAUGUAAUGCAAUGAGA